AUGCUGGCGGCAGGGCUGCCGCGGGCCCUGUGCCGCCUGGCCGCCCGGCGCUGCCCCGCGGGGCUCCCGCCGCCCCGGACCGCCUGGCGCGGCGGGGCCCGCGGGGCGGAGGGCGGCGGGCCGAGUUUCGCGCAGCGGCGGCGGUGGGCGCGGCCUGUCGGGGGUACCCUGGCCCUCCUGGGAGCCCUCUCCCUCUUCCCCAGGGACGCCGAGGAGGACGGCGAGGACGCCAUUAUCCUCCUGCUGAAGAGAGCCAAGCUCAGCGUCAUGAAGGGUGAGCUGCGGGAGGCCGAGCACAUUCUGCACCAAGCCCUGCGGCUGUCGCAGCAGUCGGAUAACAGGAAAGCCAUCGUCUACACCUACAGCAUGAUGGCAAACGUGGCCUUUAUGCAGGGACAGCUGGACAAUGCAGAAAAGCUCUACAAAGCAAGUAUGAGCUAUUUGCUUGCAGGGGACACGAAAGAGGAUGACAAUGCAAUCCUUGAGAUGUCCCUCAAGCUGGCCAGUAUCUAUGCUGCUCAGAAACAGCACAAAUUAGCCCUGGCUGGCUAUGAGUUCUGCGUCCUGACCUUAGAGGAGAAGAUUGCCAAACAAAAGGACUUGCCUGAGGAUGUCUUACCAGCUGAAGAAAAGGCCAACACCCGUCUCUUGCUUGGGAUGAGCUUAGACUCGUAUGCUCGCUAUCUCCUAAACAUUAACCAGCUCCCAGUGGCCCAAAAAAUGUAUGAGAAGGCUCUGCAGAUAUCAAAUGAUGUUCAGGGAGAGACUCAUCCACAGACUGUGGUCCUGAUGAAUGACUUAGCAACUGUACUGGAUGCCCAGGGGCACUAUGAUGAGGCAUACUCCUAUGUGAAGAGGGCAGCUGAGCUGGCGAAGGAGACUCAACACCCUGAGGAGCACAUGGUGCUGAAUAACCUGGCAGCAAUUCUGAUGCACAAAGAAGACUUUCUGCAAGCAAAGCAAGUGUACAAAGAAGCUCUCAAGCAGGCACAACAGAAGGGAGAUGUUGCUUCUGUCCAGCAUAUCCAGGAAGAACUAGCUGAGCUGGCCAAGAGGAGAAAGGGCUUUAAAUGAGUUUGGCCACAGAGUCCACCCUUGAGGUGGCUGACAGCAGCAAGGGUUGGUCAGUAGAAGCAGCCUGGGAACAGUUUGGUGCAAUUCUCCAGGGGAAGAGCAAUGAGGAGUUUUAAGGACUGCUUAACAAGAAGGGCUGUUAUUGCCAAACAACUUAGCCCGAAAUAAAGUUGUGAAAUCUUAA